AUGUACGAAGAAUUGCACGUGAAUGGUGUGGCAGCCGGCAGCGAAUCGUCUGCCACAAGUCCCAGAAAUUCUCAAGAAUGGGCCGCCAUUGUACCUAGCGGCAUUGCAACACCCGACGCGAGUGUUGAGUGGCGGCCAGACAAGAGCAACCCAUCCGGCUUCCAACUGUCGUUUCAGACCAAGAGAGAACACAAGGCCCAGCAAAAGACCGAGCAUUCUCAAAGGCUUCGUCGGAGUGGCCCUCGAGCAUUCUUUCGGUGCCCCGAGUGCGAUGAAAUAUUUGCCUGUGAACCAUGGCCACCAUCUCUGGUCAUUACACCGGUGCCGGAUAAUGCCGCCGAGCGUCGACCUUUGAUGCCUGUCCCGCCUCAUGUCACAGCCACAAGUAUGACGCCUCGUGGCGUAGUAUGCACACCCUUCGACCCAGCAGUUUUCCACAGGGCUGUCGACACCUUAGGACCUUGCGCGCCAGGUGCCAGCCAGCGCGAGUUGCCGAUGCAUGGCAUUGGCACUAGAGCGGCCGACUUUGCAACCACCGGUGAGCCUGUCAUUCAGCAGCUGGGCGAAGGAAGUGGGACGAGCAAUGCCCCAAACGUGGCUGGAACGCAGGGUCAUUGGACACCAAAGCCCUUCGCCUGUCACGUCUGCCCCAUGAGCUUCGGCUUUCACUCCCAACUUCAGAUACACCUGCGGUCGCACACCAAGGAGACACCGUACCGAUGCCCCCUCUGCUUCAAGGGCUUCUCGCAGAAGGGCAACUACAACCGACACAUGCGGGUGCACGUGCAAUCAGGGGAGCAGCAGAGUGCCGGCACUUCUGGUUGAGCUCGCUCGUCAUCGACGACGCGCAUGUAAUCCGGUGGCACGAAAUGCCUUAUCUAGUCCCGCAAGUGCUGUACGUGCGGAGGAGAUACGUUGCUCAGCAAGGUAUUCGAACAAGCGGGCUUUUUCAGCCUGCACAAACGGGAAAUGGAGGGUCGUGCAUAGCCCACACAGUGGUCUUGCACCUCGUGACUAGGUUUCUUGAAUCGGAACUAUUAGGCUCGCAAUUCAUACUCUAGAAAGAGAUUCAGGCCUGUACUGCCAGUGAGUGUUGAGCCGGAUACAGUAACAUCAUCACUGUCGUGCUGACAUGCUCAUCAGAAAGGGGUGUUAAAGAUAUCCUUGGAACAAUUCUGGGUGUGUAGUGCCCAUAGAAUGUACGGAGGUAACUGUGUUGUGUUUCUGUGAAAAUGUCUUUUACUGCCGGUGAGCUCAUGAUUUUAUGAGACUGGGGUGUAUCUUGAAAACAAAGAAGCACUAAUUUUCCUUCACUUAGCUUCAUCUGGAGCUGCGAAACAUUUGCAAUCUUAUGCUAAAGACACUGUUAUUAUUCUUUCUAGCUUAUUCAUAGAGCAUGGGUUCUACGCAAAAUGACAGCUGCGACUCCUCUUUAACAGGAAAGCAGCAGAAAGCUGCAGAAAAAACUAACCACCGUAUUCAGAAACGCUGCUUGACUUGAACUUGACUUGCCACCGACUUCAAUGCAGCACAAACGUGUUUUGAACGUGCCACCUUUAGGCGGUGCCAAGGCAACACAAACACACAGACGCAUUUCAAAUGCGCUUCAUUAAAGGUUGUUUCAAGUCAAGUUCAAGUCAAGGAGCAUUUCUGAAUAGGGGGGUAACACACUUAGCUUGCCUAGGUGUUGACACUUCGAUUAACUUUGCAAGUGUACGUGCAGCAAUAUGCAUAUUGUAAAGAACACUCGUUAAAUUUCCUGGAUUGUGACCCCUGCUUGCAUAAUUAUUCAGCCUUCCCAGUCAAGGCUGUUAUCUUGCAUGCAUACUUCUCCAUCUUAUUCUCUUUUCUUUUUGUUUUGAAUGCAUGCUACAAAUACAAUUGUGACAAGACUUAGGUUCUCUGUAAUAUGGUGCUGUGCAUUUGCAUGAAUGUGCAGUUUUGUCCUUUUCAACAUAAAUCAAUAGAA